CUGACGGGGCUUUUCCGGUGGAGACGUGGCUCAGCGCUUCUGCCAUAUUGAAGCUGCAGACAGGCAAGCAGACCGCCGCGCACAAACUACCCCUUUAUUCACCGCGACCCCGGUUUUAUUACACAGGACAGCCGACGUCAGGAGCUUAGACACGAAAGAAGAUAGCAGACGCUGAAAAAUGGUGCUGUUGGCUGCAGCAGUAUGCACCAAGGCGGGGAAGGCUCUGGUGUCACGGCAGUUUGUGGAGAUGACACGGACGCGCGUGGAGGGCCUGCUGGCCGCCUUCCCUAAACUAAUGAACACGGGGAAGCAGCACACGUUUGUGGAGACAGAGAGUGUGCGCUAUGUCUACCAGCCUCUGGAGAAGCUCUACAUGGUGCUGGUCACCACCAAGAACAGCAACAUCCUGGAAGAUCUGGAGACUCUGCGUCUCUUCUCACGCGUGAUUCCCGAGUACUGUCGUGUGCUGGAGGAGAGUGAAAUCUCGGAGCACUGCUUUGACCUCAUCUUUGCCUUCGAUGAGAUCGUUGCCCUUGGUUACAGAGAGAACGUCAACCUGGCGCAGAUCAGAACCUUCACAGAGAUGGACUCGCAUGAGGAGAAGGUGUUCCGUGCUGUCAGAGAGACCCAGGAACGGGAGGCGAAGGCAGAGAUGAGGCGGAAGGCGAAGGAGCUGCAGCAGGCGAGGAGGGAUGCUGAGCGAGGAAAGAAGUCUCCUGGCUUUGGUGGCUUUGGUAGCAGCAGCAGUAGCAGCAGCAGCACAGCCAUAAUAACAGACACACUGAUCGAGGCAGAGAAACCCAAACCUGCUCCAGCACCUGUCAGGCCUAGCGGUUCUAGCAAAGCCCUCAAACUGGGGGCUAGGGGGAAGGAGGUGGACGACUUUGUGGACAAGCUGAAGUCCGAGGGCGAGAACAUUAUCCUACCAAAUACUGGCAAAAGACCCUCUGAGGCCUCUAAAUCUCUGCCUGCCCCUGUUAACACAGAAAGUGUGCAUCUGCGAGUGGAGGAGAAGAUCACGCUCACAUGUGGCCGUGACGGAGGACUGCAGAACUUGGAGGUGCUGGGCAUGAUCACACUCCGGGUGUCUGACGAGAAAAACGGGCGAAUCCGACUGCUCAUCAACAACAAUGACAAGAGGGGCGUCCAGCUGCAGACCCAUCCCAAUGUGGACAAGAAGCUGUUCACAGCAGAGUCAUUAAUUGGUCUAAAGAACCCAGACAAGUCCUUCCCCCUGAACAAUGACGUGGGAGUGCUGAAGUGGAGACUACAGACCACAGACGAGUCCCUUAUACCGCUAACAAUAAACUGCUGGCCCUCAGAAAGUGGAUCAGGCUGUGAUGUUAACAUAGAGUACGAGCUGCAGGAAGAAUCCCUGGAACUCAAUGAUGUUGUUAUCUCAAUCCCCAUACCGUCAGGGGUGGGUGCUCCUGUAAUUGGUGACCUGGAUGGAGAGUAUCGUCACGACAGCAGACGGAAUGUUCUGGAGUGGUGUCUGCCUGUGGUGGACGUGAAGAAUAAGACUGGCAGUCUAGAGUUUAGCAUAGCUGGCCAGCCGAACGAUUUCUUCCCUGUCAAUGUCUCCUUCGUCUCCAAGGGCAACUACUGUGACAUUCAGGUCACUAAAGUGUCUCAGGUGGACGGGAGCAGUCCGGUACGGUUCUCCACAGAAACAUCAUUUGUUGUCGACAAGUACGAGAUCCUAUAAAAAGAAGAACCUUUGCCAAUGAAAAGCCCAAAAGCAACUUCAAAGAAAACCAAUUCAGUAGACUUGAAUACAUGAAUACAAACACAGUACAGGCUAGAGUGAGAGAGAGAGGGCAUGAAGAGGUUGUUGAGAACCUUUUCGCCUUCAGCAGUACUUAAACAGGACUUGAACCUUUCUUCUUUCUCCUCCAAAAGAAAAAUGACCCUUUUCACCGUGGCUGGCAGUGUUGGCUGUAUUUGUAUCUUUGUACAAAAGUGAAUCAUUCUAUAAAGGGAUUGACUUAUUGAGAUGAGGAAAAGGAACGCCGCAGCCAAACCGAUGAUGCGUUUUAACUGGAGGCGCCAAACCAUGAAGGGGGACUGUACCAUUCUUGAGAAGAAUAAUUUAUAUGAAUCCACCUUUUGUUUAAUCAGUUGUAUAGAUGAUGGAGUUUUAUUGAUGGUUGAUCUAAUUUAGCAUUAAGGGUAAAGUUAAUUGGGUAGGGUGAUGUUUUUUUUUUUCUGAUCUCACGUGUACUGGGGUACUGCUCUGAAUUCUCUUCUAAGACAUGCUUGUCUUUUCCUGCUAAUGGUCCUUGACUGGAUGAUCCGCCGUUGAUCUGUUCCACGGUCUGUUCAUGCUUGCGUUGGCAGGACCAUGUGUUAUCAGAUGGACCUCAUUGUUUUGUCUAGGUCUGAUGGCAAGGCUCUUUUUUCAUGUAUCUUAUGUCUGGAUUUUUUUUUUAUACAUCUAUCUUUCAUCUGCUGUGAAGUGGUCUUGCUUGUAUGUGUCUGUUUCCUGUCUGUUUUGUCUACAUUAUCUUUUUUUGUUUUGUUUUUUUAUUAGUGUCUUGUUAGCAUGUUGGACUCGGCGUUUUCGGGUCCCUUUUUGAAGUCACUGUAAAGGUUUCAACCCGUUUGUAAUACCAGUGAAUGUGCAUUUGGGCUUCUUCUUUUCUUCUGUGUUAGGGAAAUUCAUUUACAAACUAUAAUCUGUCUUUUGCGCCAGCAAGUGGUGAUAAAUCCACAACCACUCAGCUUUGUGUGCUGGUGCUGUUGUAGAGAGUGCAAUACACACAUUGCUGUUUUGAAAACACCUGGGGCUACUUUUAUCUGUAAUUCAGAGAGCCGACAGCUUUGCUGCCUGUAGUUUUGGUGAUUGUGUACUCAGCUGUGGUGUAACGUGUUAGUUCUGACAUGUUAGAAGGACCUGGAAGAACCACCUGAAAUCCGGCUCACGUAGAUCUUAUUUGUUGCAUUUAUUAAAAGACAAAUGUGUUUGUCCAUUCCAGAAUAUCAGAAGUGCUAGCAUCCACUGACUUAGCUUAAGGUAAAGUUGAUUGCGAGCACUGUGGAAAAUGUUUUAGUAGUUUCAGUUUUACCUGCUGUUGCUAGCAGCUGACUCCCAGUGCAGGCCCUACGCCAGUCUUGCCUCUUGGUUGCUUAUAACUGUGGUUGGGAUUGGCGUAAUGCAUAACUUACCUCAGAUCAGGCCUGCUUAGCCCUGGGCCUCUUUCUCAGUCUCGAGCUCUUAUGCUUGUGCAGAAGAAACACAGAAGAUUGCCCCCCCAUCUCUUUCUCUGUACACUUAUGCCUUGAGUCUCUCCAUAGCUUGACGAGGGAAAAAGAAAAAAAGAGAUACUAAAUGUUUGAGUUUUCGUUUUUUUUGUUAUGUCUGUUUUGUUGGAAUCAUAUUGCUGGUGGAAAAUGGAAAGAUAGAUCAGAAUUUCUGUUUUUGUAACCCUGUAAAAUAAUGAAUAGGGUCAUGGUGAAUAACAUUCCAGUGUAAACUUAUUAAAGAAAUUAUUAAAGUGUAUAAAAAGA